GCCAUCUGCUCUUAUACUGCAGAGGAAAUUAGAUGCCCAUCUGUGAAAUGCUGGAGGAAAUGACAGAUGUAAAACAACGUUUGUAGGAUUUAACCGUAGAGUCCUGUAUCGAGUGCAUCUCCAACUGUGCCACUGUUGUUCCUGAUGUAAUCCUUUUUACGUGCAACUAAAAGAAUGACCUCGACAUCUUGUAUGGUUUUGAUCCUGCUCUCGGUUCAUUUUUCGGGAGCUAGUUGUCCUCAGGGCUGCUUGUGCACUUCUGACAUACUGAAUUGUGGCUCUUUGGGUCUGGAUAGAUUUCCCAACCCGCUUCCAUUCACAACUUCUGUCCUGGACCUCAGUCACAAUAGACUAACAUGGCUGGCAGCCGGCAGCUUCUACGGACUCCCAAGGCUGCAGACUUUGCAUAUGUCCCAUAACCGCAUCUCCUUGCUUAGCCCAGGAGCUUUCCAUAACAUUACUAGUCUACGAUACCUGGACCUCUCUGCCAACAAAUUGCAAGUGGUGGGAAAGUAUCACUUCCAGGACCUGCAAGCCUUGGAGGUGCUACUGCUGUACAACAACCGCCUUACCCGUGUGGAGAGCAACACCCUAAUGGGGCUUAGCAAUCUUAGAAAGGUUUACUUCAGCCUAAACCAGAUCACAGACUUCCCGUUCUUCUCAAUUCGGAAGCACAGCCACCCCAGUCUGGUAACUCUGGACCUCUCUUCAAACCGCCUGUUUCGUUUGCCAAUGGAUGACAUUGUGCUGUUGCCUGUCACUGUGCAAAAAGGCCUGUACCUGCAUAACAACAGCCUGGAGUGUGAUUGCUCUCUGUACCGCAUGUUUUGGCACUGGGAACAGAAGGGUUACCAAAGUGUGAAAGACUACAAGGAUAACUACAAGUGUCUGAUGUACGGUGAGCCUCAAGUCUCGAUUAAUUUUAUGCGCUCUUUGCAUUUCUUUGAGAACUGUACAGUUGGGAAGAUGAUAUCCCUGAUAUCCCCAAAGGCUGAUAAAGUUGUUUACGAGGGUGAACAAGUGAGGUUGGACUGUACCGGGACACUAAAUGGAGAAGACCUGUCCUACAGCUGGAUUAUUCCUCACCAAGAGAACAUCUCGUAUCUGAUUCAAAAUGGGACUCUACGCCUCAAUCAAGAUGGGAGCUUGGAUAUUCUUGCCGCCCAGUGUGUAGAUUCAGGCGUCUACCAGUGUACUGCUGUCGAUAAUACAAGGAUGAUCAAUGAAUCCCGAGAAGUGAACUUAACUGUGGUAGCCCAGCACUCCACAGAGGAAACGUUCAACACAGGCUACACCACUCUUUUAGGCUGUGUUGUGACCCUUGUCCUGAUAUUGAUGUAUCUGUAUUUAACCCCAUGCCGUUGUGGUUGCUGCAAACCUCCUCCUCCAUCUCCAGCCAUCUCAUCCUUUGGGGAAAACCGCUGCAAUCUGGCCUCUAUAUUUGCUGCUCCCUCAACUGAUCGGCUGAAAAGCAAGUCUCAGUCCGACAGGCAUGUAGUGUUCCUUGAGCCACUCAUGGCUGGGAAAAAUGGCCAUCCAAAAGCUGCAUUUGUUGUUGAACAGCCAACAAUUGAAUGGGACACUGAAAACUUCACGAUUUUUAGAGAAAGAAAUGACUCAGAGUAGCAAACUUGUGACCU